CUGCUCCCACAGAUCAUGCUGGAUUCUGGGGAGAAGCCAGCAACCAGGCUCCCUGGCCUCCUCCUCGACACGACCACUUCCCUCGGCCACUCGUGUGUCUCACAAGGCAGCCCCUACGAUGCACAGCAGCGCCCCGGGCGGGAGACCGGCUGCGGUUGGGAGGGAGGACCGGCCACUAGCCCGCCCCUGUUGCUCCAGAAUGCAGCGGAUCUGAAGGAACUAGGAACUCGUUCGGAGGCCCCGUCUGCUCCUCCGGGGACUGCCCGGAGCCAGGGGGCGUGGUCUCGUCUGCGUCUCCGCCUCCGCCUUGAGCUCCCGGCUCUGUCCCGCUGCUGUGCGCGCGCGUGCACCUUGCCUGGGGCCUCCCGCGCGCGCGCGCCCCGGACCAGGGGACCCCUGUGCGCGCGCGCGCGCGCGCAGAAGCCGCCUCGGUGUGAGGCCCUGGGAGCCGCGCUUCCGGGCAGGGGAAGGGCGGUGGGGCUGAACUUGGCCUCACGCCCCCCCCACCCCCCACCCCGCUCUCUGUGCCCGGUUCCGCUGGUGAAACCCGAUCGCGCAUCAGGCGCGGGGCCGCGUGACGCGCACCUGUCGGGUCAGCCCAGGCCCGCGGAAGACGAUGCGCGGGGCCCCGGCCUGAGCCCGGGCAGCAGCGCCCCGCUCAACGCGCCGCCCCGACGUUCCGCGGAGCAGCGGCCGGCUCUGACGGCUAAGACGAAGCACCCCGGGCACCCAGGCUUUCGGAAGAUGCUCCCAGUGGCCGUGUGGGUGGCCCUGCUGGGCUGCCUGCAGGCCCAGGAGCUCCAGGGACACGUCUCCAUAAUCCUGCUGGGAGCAACUGGGGACCUGGCCAAGAAGUACCUGUGGCAGGGCCUGUUCCAGCUGUACCUGGACGAGGCAGGGAAGGGCCAUCAUUUUAGCUUCCACGGGGCUGCUCUGACAGCCCCCGAGCAGGGCCAAGGGGUCCUGGCCAAGGUCCUGGAGUCCCUCUCCUGCCCCAAGGAUGUGGCGCCUGAUCGCUGUGCUGAACUCAAGGGCCAGUUCCAGCGACUGAGCCAGUACCGCCAGCUGAAGACCCCUGAGGACUACCUGGCCCUGAGCAAGGACAUUGAGGCGCUGGUCCAGCGGGAGGGCCUCCGGGAGGCCGGCCGGAUUUUCUACUUCUCGGUGCCCCCCUUCGCCUACGCGGACAUCGCCCGGAGCAUCAACAGCAGCUGCCGGCCGGGCCCCGACGCCUGGCUGCGGGUCGUGCUGGAGAAACCCUUCGGCCAUGACUACCUCUCAGCCCAGCAGCUGGCCGAGGAGCUCGGGAGCUUCUUCCAGGAGGAGGAGAUGUACCGGGUGGACCAUUACCUGGGCAAGCAGGCCGUGGCUCAGAUCCUGCCCUUCCGGGACCAGAACCGCAAGGCCCUGGACGGCCUCUGGAAUCGGCACCACGUGGAGCGGGUGGAGGUCGUGCUGAAAGAGACGCUGGACGCCGAAGGCCGCACCAGCUUCUACGAGGAGUACGGGGUCAUUCGCGACGUCCUGCAGAACCACCUGACCGAGAUCCUGACGCUGGUGGCCAUGGAGCUGCCGCGCGACGCCAGCAGCUCGACGGCCGUGCUGCAGCACAAGCUGCAGGCCUUCCGGGCGCUGCGGGGCCUGCGGAGGGGCAGCGCCGUCCUGGGCCAGUACCAGGCGUACAGCGAGCAGGUGCGCCGGGAGCUGCACAAGCCGGACGGCUUCCAGAGCCUGACGCCGACCUUCGCAGGCAUCCUGGUUCACGUGGACAACCUGCGCUGGGAGGGCGUCCCCUUCAUCCUGAUGUCGGGCAAAGCCUUGGACGAGAGAGUGGGCUACGUCCGGGUCUUGUUCAAGAACCGGGCGUUCUGUGCCCAGAGCGAGAAGCAGUGGGUGGGGGACCGGAGCCGGUGCCUGCCCCAGCAGAUCGUCUUCUACAUCGGCCACGGCGAGCUGGGCAGCCCGGCCGUGCUGGUCAGCCGGACCCUGUUCCGGCCCACCCUGCCCGCCGGCAGCUGGAAGGAGCUGGAGGCCCGGCCGGGGCUCCAACUCUUUGGCCACCCUCUGUCGGAUUUCUACGCCUACGGCCCCGUGCGGGAGCAGGACGCCUACUCCACCCUCAUAUCGCACAUCUUCCGCGGCCGCAAGGACUCCUUCAUCACCACGGAGAACCUGCUGGCCUCCUGGGUCUUCUGGACGCCCCUGCUGGAGGGCCUGGCCCACGAGGCCCCGCGCCUCUACCCGGGGGGCGCGGAGAACGGGCACCUGCUGGACUUCGAGUUCCGCGGCAGCGAGCUGGCCUUCUGCCUGCAGCAGCCCGAGCAGCUGGUGCCGGGGCCGGGCUCCGCGCCGCCGCGGCCCAGUGACUUCCAGGUCCUCCAGGCCACGUACCGGGACAGCCCCCUGGUCUCGGCCUGGCCCGAGGAGCUGAUCGCGAAGCUGGCCGACGACAUCGAGGCCGCGGCGGCGAAGGCGGUGCAGCGCUUCGGCCAGUUCCACCUGGCGCUGUCGGGCGGCUCCAGCCCUGUCGCCCUGUUCCAGCAGCUGGCCGCCGGGCACUACGGCUUCCCCUGGGCCCACACGCACCUGUGGCUGGUGGACGAGCGCUGCGUCCCGCCCUGGGACCCCGAGUCCAACUUCCAGGGCCUGCAGACGCACCUGCUGCGGCACGUCUGGGUGCCCCACUACAACGUCCACCCCAUGCCCGUGCACCUGCGCCAGCGGCUGUGCGCCGAGGAGGACCGGGGUGCCCAGGCCUACGCCGAGGAGAUCUCGGCCCUGGUCACCAACGGCAGCUUCGACCUGGUGCUGCUGGGCAUGGGCACCGACGGGCACACGGCCUCCCUCUUCCCCCAGUCGCCCACCGGCCUGGACGGCGAGCAGCUGGUCGUGCUGACCGAGAGCCCCGUCAAGCCGCACCACCGCAUGAGCCUCAGCCUGCCCCUCAUCAACCGCGCCAGGAAGGUGGCGGUCCUGGUCAUGGGCAAGCUGAAGCGUGACAUCACCCUGCUGGUGAGCCGCGUGGGCCGCCAGCCCAAGAAGUGGCCCAUCUCAGGCGUCCUGCCUGAUUCUGGUCAGCUGGUGUGGUACAUGGACUACGAGGCAUUUCUGGGAUGACCGUGCCUUCGUCUUCUGCUCCCUCCCGUGCCGUCUGCCACCCACCCUGUCCCCUCCCCUCUGAGUCCUGCCACCUGCCUGCCUGCCCCGACGCUUUGGAAUCCGAUGUCUCGGGGUCAGGCCCUGGGGGAGGCCCUGCCCCACCUGGUCCCUCAGAUGGCCCCCACCUGGUUGUGGCGGGCAGACACAGAAACAAGGAAGCCACGGAGGCCCGAGCGGCGUUUCAGACCCACGACAGGAGAGAAACAUCCGCCUGACGAGAAGACCUGCGGCAGCCACACCUGAACGUCACCAGCACAAAGCAGGACGGGGGCGUGGAAGCCCCCGGCCCCAGAAGCAGGCAUGCGGUCGGCUUCAGGGAGCUGUUGGACGGUGGGGGGGGGCCUGUGGACUGGCCCAGUGGACAGGAGUGGACAGCAGAGAGAAAGGAGUGCCGGCCAAGUGGGUACCGGGCGCUGUCCGGCGCGCUCGGGCUGCUGCGGCCCUCGCUUCCUGUUGCCCCUUCUUCCCCAGCCUCUGACCUUUGGCCUCCUGUCCUGUCCACCAGCUCAGAGUGUCCAGUCCCUUCCUCCUCAGCCCCGACUGCGGGCACCCCCCACCCCCCCAAUGCCAGCUCUGUGCCUUGGCUGUCCCCCAGACCCUCCAUUCGCAGACAGGUGGAGGACGAAGGACAAUGACAAUGACACAGCCACCCAUACCAGCUUGUGACCACAGUGCCAAAAACCUUGUGGCUUGUCGGGAGCCCUUGCUCGGCAGGCGCGCUCUCCGCGUGGGGGGGAGGGGGCACGGGUGCCCCGGCUGCUCAGGGAGGACCCCGUCCCCGCUGCCCGACACGCGGGGUGCAGGUGCUCAGGCCAUUCCAGGGAGCCCUUCUCUAAGAGGGGCCUUUGCGUCUCAGGGGACUUCCUGGCAGGUAUGCCCACUCUCAGUGCCAUCUCUUGUUUACUGGGAGACCCGGUCCCCUCUUUCUUGGGGGGAGAGAGGUGUCGUCGAGCCACAGACCAUCCAGACACUGAUCUGAUCAGACAGGGGCCAGGCCUUUUGGAGGGGGGCCGCCACGGUGCACGGUAGCGUUGGCUACCGCCCCACCUUUCUCACACUACCUCGAGGUGGCUUCCAGCCUGCCCACUUCCUGCCUGCCGGCCCCUCCUGCCACUUCCUGCAUCACCAUGGACGCCCUGCCGGGAGACCCGGGGCGCACGCUGGCAGCUUCUCCUGGAGAAUAGGUUGGGUGCUCUGCCCUUGAGAAGUAUGGGCCCGCGUUACCUGUUUUCCUGGGACCCCCAGGGGUAUCUCUGAAAUGCUUUUAAAAAGUCAAAAUUGUCCGUUUUUAUUUCAGCCUCCGACAGAGUCAUGCCCCCAGAGUCAUGGGACCGUGCCCCGUCCCCUGCCCACACUGUGUCCCAGGCGGAGGUGACACGCCUGUGUCAGGCUGAGGGCGCUCUGCCGGGAGGCGGGGCAUCACGGAAGCUGCGUCUUCACUUUGGACGGUGAAGACCGUCUUCAGACCGUCUUCAGGGCUGUGGAUGUACAGGAAUCAUUGCUCUGGUUUGCGAUGGGAGCCUGUGGAAGGGGUGCCUGAACCAGGGCACUCUUUGUUAAAAUUCCACCUCCUCUGGCCUCCAGCAGCCGGGUCCAGACAGGGCAUCUCUCUGUACACCAGGAGAGCUGACCUUGGUGGAACAGAGCCGCAGUACCGCGGUCGGGAAGUCCCCUCCCUUGCUGGAGGUCAGCAUCCCAGCUGUUUUGCUCUAGGGAUACUGGUGGACCAAGGCGGUUGCAGUUCGGGUGCUACCUGUGGCCACACGGGGGCGCUCGUGCACCAUCCCUGCCGACAGGCCAGGCCAUCUGACUUCGGAGGAAUUCCCCCUUUGCGCCCCCCUCCCCCCACUGUGUUGUACUUGUGUUUUCACAAUCUGCCUCCCUGCGCCCUUGGCCCUGAGCACUCACUUCCCCAGCUGUUCUCAGGGAAUUUCUUCCUCUGUGGUUGCAACACCAGAGAGAAAGCAGCCUCCACAGGCCCGAGGCUCAGUCCAGGAGAAAGGGUGAGCUGCCACCAUUUCUGAAUAAUCGUGAGUCACUGCAGGCCGGAGCCUGGCACGUCCUGUUCUUAGAGUCUUGCCCGGCCUCAGAAUGUACCCUCUGUCUGUGGAGAGCUUGCAUCUGGGGGUAGGGAUGGGGCAGAGGUGCCAAAGGGUUCCUUCCCAGCAUCCACUGCUGUCUUAAAGUCACGUCUGAAAGGGCCACAGGAAGACAUCAUCCGCAUUCGCUUCCACCCGCUCCCUUCCCCCGGCCCUCCCUCCGCCCUGCGCCGGGAAGGAGAGAGUCUCAGAACCCGGCCAGCCACACCGCUGCUUGCCACACUUUCUGGACCACAGUGCACAGCCAGGAACCCUGGACAUCCUGAGUCCCGCAGAGAUCUGCCCCAAGCACAAGGGGCGUGGCAUGGGGUACCCUCUCUUUUCUAUUUUUCAUUAAAAAAAAUGCUGUGUGUAAUCUGCUAACUCGAGCUGAUACUCAGCUU